AUGCAAAAAAAAAGUGGUAUGAUAUCAUCAAAAGAUGAAUUUUAUAAAUCAGUUCAUGAUAUAAAAGAAACAUUACUUAAAAAUGGUUUAUCGAAAAUAUCUGCUGAUAAUCUAGAAAAACUAUUUAAUUACUUUGAAGUUGAAUAUCCAAAAAUACGUGAUGGUGAUUCAAUUGUUCGAACAAAUGAUCGCAAACGCACACGACGACAAUAG